AUGGCGGACGAGGGCGCCGUCACGGUGUGCGUGCGAGUGCGGCCGCUCAUCUCCAGAGAAAAUGCCUCAGAUAAAGUGUCCCUGCACUGGAGAAGUGAGAAUAAUACUGUUUCCGACGUGAGUGGUACCAAAACAUUUAGUUACGAUCGUGUCUUUCACUCAAGUGACAACACUCAGCAGUUGUAUGAUGGUGUAGCUGUUCCAAUUAUACAGUCAGCUGUGCGAGGCUAUAAUGGCACAAUUUUUGCUUAUGGACAGACUGCUUCAGGGAAGACUUACACAAUGAUGGGGAAUGAAGAUUCUGUGGGCAUUAUCCCUAAGGCAAUUCAACAUGUGUUCAAAAUUAUUUGUGAGAUUCCAGACAGAGAAUUCCUGCUAAGGGUUUCAUACAUGGAAAUCUACAAUGAAACAAUUACUGAUUUGCUUUGCGAUACUAGGAAAAAGAAGCCCCUGGGAAUUCGUGAGGAUGUUAAUAGGAAUACAUAUGUAGAAGAUCUGAUUGAAGAAGUGGUGGUUGCCCCAGAACAAGUUAUGGAAUGGAUCAGAAAAGGAGAAAGAAAUCGCCAUUAUGGAGAAACAAAAAUGAAUGAACACAGCAGCCGUUCUCACACUAUCUUCAGAAUGAUCAUUGAAAGCAGAGAACGAAGUGACCCUGCAAAUGCAAACUGUGAUGGAGCAGUCAUGGUUUCCCACUUGAACUUGGUAGAUCUGGCAGGCAGUGAAAGAGCUAGUCAAACAGGAUCUGAAGGUGUUCGACUGAAGGAAGGCUGCAAUAUAAAUCGGAGCCUGUUCAUUCUGGGUCAAGUUAUCAAAAAACUUUGUGAUGACCCCUCUGGCUUCAUAAAUUACAGAGACAGCAAGCUGACUCGAAUUCUGCAGAACUCCCUUGGAGGAAAUGCUAAAACAGUUAUUAUUUGUACAAUUACUCCUGUUUCUUUUGAUGAGACACUCAGCACUCUUCAGUUUGCCAAUACAGCCAAAGGAAUGAAGAAUACACCAAAAGUCAAUGAAGUUCUUGAUGAUGAUGCCCUCCUGAAAAGAUACCGCAAAGAAAUUCUGGACUUGAAAAAGCAGCUGGAGGAAGUAUCUUCAAAAACUCAGAUUCAUGCAAUGGAAAAGGACCAACUGGCCCAGCUGUUGGAAGAAAAAAAUUCUCUUCAAAAAGUACAGGAGGACAGAAUACGAAACUUAACUGAGAUGCUGGUGACUUCUGCUUCCUUUGCCUCAAAAGAGAAAGUUAAAGCCAAGAGAAGAAGAAGAGUUACUUGGGCUCCUGGUAAAAUAAACCAGGCAAACGUGAGCUUUUUUGAAGACUUUGCAAAUGCAAUGCCAACUGAAAAAAAGAAAAUGAAGUUGUCUCUGCCGGCAGUACCAGAUGUGGAGGAUUCUACCUUAGAGAAUUCUGGGUAUGACAGCCAUAGCCUGAUGGUUCCUGAUCAAAUUUCAGAAGAAGAUUGGAUUGCUGGUCCUAACGUGAAUUGGACCCAGAAAGACUUUGAAGAAUCUGUGCAACUCUGUGAAGCAUUAGCACUAGAAAAGGAUAUUGCUGUAAACGAGGUCAACGUCCUGCAAGCUAACUUUGAUAAUCUAGUGCUGGAAAAUGAGCAGUUGAAGUCAGAAAUAAAUGAACUGAAAGAGAGACUGAAGGAAAAAGCAGAAAUAGAUGAAUUUGAAGCACUGGAAAAGCAAACACAAAAAGAUCAUGAGAUUCAACUAAUGCAUGAAAUUACCAACUUAAAGAAUCUAAUUUCAAAUGCUGAAGUGUACAAUGAGGAACUUGAGGCAGAAAUAAAUUCCAAACUGGAACAGCUGAAGGAGAAAGAGAACAAAAUAAAAAUAUUACAGAAUCGUGUGGAAGAACUACAAAAAGCAGAAGUGGAAAAAACGGAGACAUCUUUUGCACUGGGAGAUUGUGAUAAACUAACUGAAAAAAUUCAGCAGCUGAAUAAAUCCCUCUUAGACAGUGAAACUGUAGCCUUGGAUGCCAAAAAAGAAUCUGCUUUUCUCAGAAGUGAAAAUUUGGAGUUGAAGGAGAAGAUGAAUGAACUCUUAAAUGACCAUAACCAAAUGCAAAAGGAUGUCCAGUUAUAUCAAAGCCAAAUAGAAGCGGGAAAAGCCAGUUACCGAAAAAUGCAAGCUGACUUGCAGAGAGAGCUGCAAUUUUUAUUUCAAGAAAACACAAGACUAACUUCACUGAUGGAGGGUAAAGUUCCAAAAGAUUUGUUUUCUCGUGUGGAGCUGGAAAAAAAGGCAGCUGACUUAAAAGGAGAACUAGAAAAUGCUUUGAAAGAGAAUGCACUUCUACAGAAACAAGUAAAUGAGCUAUCAGAAUUUCAAUCGCUACCAAAUACAGUUGAGACACAAAAGAAAGAGAUUGUUGAAAGAUGUGAGGAGUUACGCUUAUUAAAAUUGGAAAAUGAAAAGCUGCUUUCUGAAGUAGCUGAUAAUGAAAUGAGACUUAAACAUAUGUCUGAAGAAAUUGAAAAAUCAAAAGACAAUCUCACAGAUGUACAAUUGAAAUAUACAAAGUGUGAUGAGGAAUAUGUAGCACUUAAACAGCUCCAUGAAGAAAUAGAACAAAAAUACAUUGCUGCAUCAGAAACUAAUGAACAAAUGAAGCUCCAAAUAGAAUGCCUAUCUAAAGAAGCACAAGAGUCUAAAACAAUUUUGGAUGAAGUGAAAUUAGAGCUCUCUAGCAAAAUGAAAGAACUGGAAGAGAAAGAAGCAGAGCAAAAACAACUUCUUGAGCUAAGAGAAAAUCUUGUUCGGACUCAGCAGAAGUUAAAAGAACUAGAGCAAUUAAAAGAGAAGGAAAGGAUUAGUGAAGUGAGACUGGAGGCCAAAGACUUGGAGAUCCAGGCAGUCUUGCAGCAGCUUACAGAAUGUCAGGAAGAAAUAAAAACUCUAACCCAGGAAAGAGAUGACCUGAAGAAAAAAGAGGAGUUUCUCCAAGCUGAAACAGAGCAACUCAGAGAGGACAUAAAGGACACUGUUUCAAUGAACAUCUUGGCACAUGAAGAUUUGAGAAAUACACAGAAUUCUCUGAAGGAAUCCCAAAAAUCUGUCAAGAAGUUGGAACAAACUGUUUCUGAAAAAGAAUCUCAGAUUCUGAGUGUGGAAGAGGCACUAGGGAAAACCAUUAAAGAACUCCAAAUACAGAUCUCAGAAAUGACAGAAGAAAUGAAAAUCAUCACAUCAGAGAGAGAUCAGCUUGCUGAGGAAAAAUCAGAAAGUAAUACCUGUAGAGAAAGUGAUCAGCUUCAGGUGCAAAAGGAACAAAUCAUUUUCCUUACACAAGAGAACCGUUCAUUGCAGGACAAGCUGGACAGUUUACUUUUGAAAACAGAGGAGUGUGGGGAAGGAACUUGGAUACCACAGACUCAAGGACAAUCUAUGGAGCAAGAGUUAUUGCUUCUGAGAGAAGAGCUGAGCCAGGCACAACAGAAAUUGCAUGAAAUGGAGGAAGCAAAGGCCAGUGAAUAUCAAGGAGAACCUGAAAAAAUGGAGAGAACAGAUGUUAUUCCAAAACCACAUGACUCCCAGGAAGUCAGCAUCCAGACUGAAAGAGAUGAUGAUGAAUUUAAAAUGCAACUGGAAAAUCUCCAGAAUGAGAGAGACCAGCUAAGAGAAAUGCUACAGGAGACAAUUAGCAAGAACUCAGAGAUACAGGAGGAGUUGAGAUGUACUCGUGAAUGUCUUGGACAGCAGCAGGAGAAGAUUGUGGAGCUGAAAGGAAGUAUUUCAGAGAAAGAAAACCAGCUCUCAAAGGUGCAAGGGGCAUUGAAGGAGAAAACUGAUGAGCUGCAGCAGAAGCUCACUGAAGUCACUGAAAACCUGACUCGUGUCUCAGCUGAGUAUGGCGACCUCCUGGCAGAAAAGCAGCAAACUGAAAGGGCAAUGAGUGAGCAGCUUGAGAGAAUCACUUCACUUAACAAGGAGAAGGAUGAGCUUCAGCACAUGGUAGAGACUUGUAAGGAAAGGGAAGAACACUUGUUACAGGUUCAGAGGCAGUCAGAGACUUUGAAGGACAGCCUGACAAACAAGAUCUCAGAAAUGACAGAAGAAAUGAAAAUAAUCACAUCAGAGAGAGAUCAGCUUCAGGUGCAAAAGGAACAAAUCAUUUUCCUUACACAAGAGAACCGUUCAUUGCAGGAGAAGCUGGACAGUUUACUUUGGAAAACAGAAGAGUUUGGGGAAGGAACUUGGAUACCACAGACUCAAGGACAAUCUAUGGAGCAAGAGUUAUUGCUUCUGAGAGAAGAGCUGAGCCAGGCACAACAGAAAUUGCAUGAAAUGGAGGAAGCAAAGGCCAGUGAAUAUCAAGGAGAACCUGAAAAAAUGGAGAGAACAGAUGUUAUUCCAAAACCACAUGACUCCCAGGAAGUCAGCAUCCAGACUGAAAGAGAUGAUGAUGAAUUUAAAAUGCAACUGGAAAAUCUCCAGAAUGAGAGAGACCAGCUAAGAGAAAUGCUACAGGAGACAAUUAGCAAGAACUCAGAGAUACAGGAGGAGUUGAGAUGUACUCGUGAAUGUCUUGCACAGCAGCAGGAGAAGAUUGUGGAGCUGAAAGGAAGUAUUUCAGAGAAAGAAAACCAGCUCUCAAAGGUGCAAGGGGCAUUGAAGGAGAAAACUGAUGAGCUGCAGCAGAAGCUCACUGAAGUCACUGAAAACCUGACUCGUGUCUCAGCUGAGUAUGGCGACCUCCUGGCAGAAAAGCAGCAAACUGAAAGGGCAAUGAGUGAGCAGCUUGAGAGAAUCACUUCACUUAACAAGGAGAAGGAUGAGCUUCAGCACAUGGUAGAGACUUGUAAGGAAAGGGAAGAACACUUGUUACAGGUUCAGAGGCAGUCAGAGACUUUGAAGGACAGCCUGACAAACAAGAUUCAACAGUUAACUGAGACAUUAAAUAGUGUCUCAUGUGAGAAGGACCACUUAUUAGCUGAAAGAACUAAUCUCUCUUUACAACUUAAAGAACAAAUCUCAUCAGUUAGUCAAGAAAAAGAUGAGCUACAAAAACUUCUUCAGGACGUCAGGUCUGAGCGGGACCAGCUCAAGACAGAAUUGCAAAGAAAUUCUGAGAUGUAUGUUGAAACAAAGGCAAAACUGGAAGAUGCUUUAGAACAAAUGAAGCAGAGAAACCUGAACAAUAUGUCCAUUCAGGUAAACCCAGUGGAUAUUGCAGAGCAGGUGGCCAAUGACAGCUUGACAGACAAAACAUUGAAAAUUAAGGAGCUUCUUGAGAAAUUCCCAAGUAUGGGGAAGAGAUAUGAAUGUCUCUCUACAGUGUCUCUUAAGCUGAAGAGUGAACUGAACAGUCAGAAAGCACUGCUAGCUGUGAUACUGCCUCAGCUUCCACUGGAACAGAGUAAACAAGUCAAAAUGCUUCAAACUAAAAAUGAGGAUAUUAACACUCGUCUCCAGAAAUUAUUGACCAAAUUGAAGCUUCUCUUCAGCUCUGUUUGCACAAAGAGAAGAGAAUAUCACACUACUGUUCACAAGUAUGAAAUGGAAUUGCUGGAGGAGAAGAGAAAACAAGAUCACCUACAGGCCCAGAUUCAGUGUCUCAGGAACAUUAAUUUGAAGCAGAAUGAAGUAUCAUCUCAAGAGUUAAACAGCUGUGAAGGACUGCAGAGUUUCUACUUGGAUGCAGAGAGCAUUCUCAAAGAUGUAUCAGAAAUGGAAAAUGAACUUCUCUGCAUAGAAGCAGAGUUAGACCAGGAAGCAAGUGCUAGAAAAGAAACAAUACAGUUCUGGGAAGUUUGUUCAGAAACUCACUGGGAUACAGAGGAAUUGAAAGAAGAACUAAAGAAAGAUAAUGAAAGACUCCUGCAAAUCUUUAAAUUCUGGACUCCUAAAGUGAAGAUACUCCUUGAACUUUCUUCAGAACUGGAUGCCAGAACUGCUGAUUAUAGUAAAAAUGCUGAUGUUGAAUUAAAACAAAGAAAAGAGAAAAAUGAAGAGUUGCUUCAGGAUCUAAACACUCUAAAAGAAAAACUGGCCCCUGGUGGCUCUGCCAGUCUGGCAUUAGAAGAAGAAAAUUAUAGGCUUCAUAAUAAAUUAAAGGCUGCAGAACAAGAUAAAAAGGCUAUGGAAGUAAAAAUUCAGAAGUUAGAAAAUGUAAUAAAUGAAGUGGGAGAAAGUAUCAAAGAGAGAGAUGACAGGAUAAGCAAGUUACAAGCACAGAUGAGAAUAAGAACAGAGACAAGUGAGCUCACCCAACUGCAAGCCAAACUGAAUGAGAUGGAUAAUUGCCUCAGGACUGCCUUAAGAGAGAAACAGAGUCUUCAGGCAAAAUUAGAUGAAGGUGCUGAGCUGUACAAAGAAGAAAUUGACCAUCUCAAAACACAAUUGGUAAAAUGUGAUCUGGAAAGAAUGAAACAAUCCAACUCCUUUGAAAGGAAACUUGCUAAUUAUGAAGCCCUUGCAGAACACCAAGAACAGCAGUUAUCAAAGCUAAAAGAAGAACUGAGGAGAGCAUACCAAGAGCAAGAUGUUACUGUGCUGAAAGAAGCAGAUCCUCAGCAACCCCAAAAACCCCUUACUUGUGGUGGUGGCAGUGGUAUUGUGCAGAGCACACAAAUACUUGUUCUAAAAUCUGAACAAGCCAAGCUACAGAAAGAGAACUUGCAGCUGAAGAAACAAAAUGACCUUCUAUUGAGUGAUGAACUUCAACUGAAAGAAGAACUCAGGAAAUGGAAAGAAAGAGCACUAAAAUUGAGAGAACAAUCCUUAAGAGAAACUACUCAAAAGACAAUACCAAAGUCUCCUAAGAAGGCAGUGUCAUACUUCUUUAAAGAGCAAACACCUUCACCCUGUAAGGAAACUGUUUCUCAGGAAACAGUGACUCAGGACCUACCAAAACCUCUAAAUCCGACUCGUCCAACAAAUUUCUUUGAUAAUUCCAACUUGGGUGUGCUAACAGAUACACGACCUGAGGGCAGAGAGUCCACACAAGAACAUCUUAGGCACUUCUUUGGGGCUCCAGACAGAGAUAAAGCCCCUGACUGCAAAACCCAGUAA